GUGGAGCAGUCCGGGGCGGGGGUGAGGGAUAGUGGGCGCGCCCGCUGCGACGUUGCGGAGGCUUCAAGAUGGCGGAAGCCCUGACAACUCAGGAGCAGCUGGCUGUUGAAGAGUUCCUGAGUGAAGUGCGCAGCAGGGAGCAGCCACACAGUGCUGGGCUGGUCUCCCAACCUACAGCUGUUAAGUUUCUUAUGGCACGCAAGUUUGAUGUGUCCAGAGCCAUUGAUCUCUUUCAAGCAUACAAGAACACAAGACUUAAAGAGGGAAUCAUUAAUAUCAACCCUGACGAGGAGCCCCUUCGCUCUGAGCUGCUCAGUGGAAAAUUUACAGUGCUGCCUGGCCGUGAUGCAAAAGGAGCUGCUCUAGCACUAUUCACAGCUCGUCUACACAGGCCGGAUGCCUCCACGCACAAGGCUGUCCUGCAGGCCAUCAUCUAUCAGCUUGACAAAGCCAUAGAAAGCAUCCAAACACAAAGAGAUGGACUAAUUUUUAUCUACGACAUGACUAACUCAAGCUACGGAAAUUUUGACUAUGAGCUCUGUGUCAAGAUCCUCAAUUUGCUCAAGGGGGCAUUCCCAGCUCGGUUGAAAUGUGUCUUCAUUGUCUCAUCACCACUGUGGUUUCGGGCCCCUUUUGCAGUUCUCCGACUAUUUGUACGUGAGAAAUUAAGAGAAAGGGUGUGCACGGUGAGGGCGCAUGAGUUGGCCAACCAUAUCCCCAUUUCCUCCCUCCCUGAACACCUGGGGGGAACAUCCCAGUAUAGCCAUGUGGCAUGGAUCCAGUCUUGUGUCAAUACGCAAACAAAUGCCAUUGAGGGUGAAACGCAGAGGCAUGACACUCAUGACUGUGUAGGAAGUCUUCUGCGGUCCUAUAGUUUGGAGUGCAGCAAGUCAAGCGCUGGCGCUGACCACACUCACAUUAAUACACAGUUAGGUUCUGAGCAAGUUGCAGCUAACUCUAACUGCUUUGAUGAUAGUAAUGCAAAUCCACACAACCACUAUGACAAUGUGGAGGGCAGGACUCGAGACCCAGACCUUAACCAACAGGCUCCACAUUCUGCUGCCAACAGACCACUGGGAAAUCACCAACACUGGAAUGGCUCAGCUGUAACCAGUCGCUCCAGUCUCAAUGCUAAUGUCAAUGGCCGUGGGCAUCAGGCUCCUCCACAAUCAGACACACCCCCUGACACACCGCUCUCUCUAAAGGACAACGUGGAUGUGUCGGAUGGUAAGGACACAGACAAUGCCAAAAGAUCGGAGGAGCUUCAGACUAAUGAUAGUGAGGAUCUGGAUGAGGAAGGUGUUCCUCCGCUGCCCCAGAAGUCUUUGCCUCGUCCUCCACAUCAGGCCUCUUCUCAGUCACCGCACCUCUCCUGGUCAGACGAUGACGAGCGCUGCAUAGAGGAGUCGGUUCACAUGCCAGAACAAGGUGGCAUGACGCUGCAUGACCUGGUGGAGCAUGUCAAAAGGAAAAAGAAGAAGGGGAUCUACCAGGAGUAUGAGGAAAUUCGCAAGGAACCUCCAACAGGAACCUUUGAUUAUUCAAAGAAACUGGCCAAUCAAAUAAAAAAUCGGUACAGCGACGUGCUGUGCCUGGACCACUCUCGUGUGCGACUUUCUCAGCUCUGUGAUGCUGAUGAUGAGACAUCAGACUACAUUAAUGCUAGCUUCAUGGAUGGUUACAAAAGAAGAAAUGCCUAUAUUGCUACUCAGGGUCCUUUGCCUAAAACAUUUGUUGACUUCUGGCGCAUGGUGUGGGAACAGAUGGUACUAAUUAUUGUUAUGACCACAAGGGUGGUAGAGCGUGGCCGUGUCAAGUGUGGUCAGUACUGGCCUCUAGAAGAGGGUAGGACUGAGCAGCAUGGGUGCUUUUUGAUCAGAAACACUCACAUCCAAGUGUUUCAAGACUUCAAACUCUCCCAUUUAGAGUUGUACAACACACAGUCUGGUGAAAGGCGAGAGGUGUGUCACUACCUGUAUGUCAGCUGGCCAGACUUUGGAGUGCCCAAAAGUGCUACAGCCAUGUUGGAUUUCCGUGAACAUGUAAUUCAGAGGCAGAAAACAGCUGUACAAAACUUGGGCACUAGUUGGAACGGCCGUCCAGAGGGCCCUCCAGUGGUUGUCCAUUGUAGUGCUGGCAUUGGUCGCACAGGUACAUUCUGCACUCUGGACAUCUGUCUUUCACGUCUAGAGGACAUAGGCACUGUAGAUGUGUGUCAAACUGUGCGCCGAAUGCGCACUCAGAGGGCUUUUAGUAUUCAGACCUGGGACCAGUACUAUUUCUGCUAUACAGCAGUCAUAGAGUAUGCCCAGCGCCAUGGCAAACUGAGCCCAGUGCAGUGGUCUGACUCAGACAUAGAAACUGACAGUGAGUGACACACUCAUGGGUUCAUAGGACGACAUUUUGGAUUGCAAGCCUGAGCUGAAUUCUGUGAGGAUGGAUUCACAGAUGUGCUACAUUUUUUAAUGACUUACCGGAUGAACGUUUUUGACUGGGGUCAUAUCUAAAACAAAAACCUCUACCAAAACAUGAAUGGAUAGAGCACAAGAGGAGAAAAGACUGCAUUGUCGCUGAUUAAGCAAACUGUGCUGCCAAUGUCCAAGCCUCUUUAUAUUUGCAAACUAAAGGAGACAUGGCUUGCCCUGAACCGGUCUUGUUCACAGGAGAAUGAAUUGUAGCAUUUUUAUAUGAUUUGCACAUGAGAAAAUACGAGCUCUACCAGUUAAUAACCUCAAAAAAUGGUCCUUGGUUUUUGUUUUUUUUUGUUUUUGUUUUGUAAUUUUUGUAUCCUACCCCUAAUAUGUAUGUGAUUGGAACACAGAGAAUGUGAGAAAUGAGUGUGAGUGAAAUGUAUUUUUAUUUUAGUGGUGGUAUGUGUGUCGAAUGUGCGUGUUUUUAAUGGUGUGUUUCAUAUCUUUACAUAUAGACCAAGGCCCCAUCCGAAUUGGAUAAAUGCGCCUAGAAAGCUCCUUUCAUGAUCAUUGACCCGGACAUGCACCGUCGUCAGCCUUGACAAGGACCAUCUGAAUUGAUAAGUGAAGUUAGGAAGGAGUAAGGCAAGGAGCAAUUAUGCUUCCUUUCAUAGCUCCUUUAGCAUAGGAACCUCAGGAGGUUUCUAACCAGCAGUAAGGGAGCUAAGAGGCAUCCCACAAUUCAUUGCACAGAUCAAACCAAAAGAUUUCAAAUACUAAUUUGAAAGUUAUAUACUGCAGCAGAUUAUUAAAAUAUUUUGUAUUAAUAAGCUCAACCCUACAACAUAUUAAGCAUAAAAGCUAUUGAAAUACAUCAGCGUUAAUGUGGUUAAUGCAGCUGUGUGCAUUUUUUUACGUUUUACAGAAACUAAACUUAAAACCACAUGGCUACUUUGCAUAAACUAAGCUGAAAACACAGCUCCCUCCUUGUGCCACUGAUACCAGCUGCUGUGGGACUAAAGGACAGGACUCAGUGUAAUAUAUUUGCUCUUUCUGUGACAGGGGAUGUGUGCUGCUGAUGUCUGGAGAAUAUUUGAACCUGCUCAGAGCUGGUGCUUAUGUCACAUUGGAGACAGUUCAUAGUUAACUUCAGAGAUUCAUGUCCGGGUUUAGCGCAGUUCUGGAUUUAACAGCGGUAGUUUCACUCAUGUACAGUCACUUUAUUUAUGUAGGCUAUCGCUGUGAUGAAAAUGUUGAUUGUAAAGACUGAAAGUUUUAAUAUUCUCAUGAGACUCAGCGCAGUAGUGGAGGAUGGUGCACUUGUAGUCCGUCUUCUGGGUGUUGUAGUCUUUACUGAACAGCUGUUGUUCCUGUGGCUGGUUAGGAGGAAUCAGAUCCACCAAAAGCAGCAAUAGCUCUUUACUCCUCCUCCUUGGUCCUUAGUGUUGCUCCAUUUCGGAUUGGGCCUAACUUUUAAAAGCCAAAGUCCUUACCUUGAAUGCUUGGAUGUACUCUUGAAAUGGUAGAUUAAAGCCAAUGUAUAUUCUUGUGUCAUACAUUUAUACCUAUUAUGUACAAUAACAUCGGGAAAGGGAAAUUGAACCUUGUUUAAUUGAAUUCAAUUCACUUCUCAUAGUGAAGAAAUAUUUAAGUAGCGACCCAGCUGGUUAUAAAUUGAAAUCAUAUUUUUAUGUGAGAUAGUCAGGUCCUACAAUAAACGUUAUCACAGAGCAUUCUUAUCAGGCAGUCUUGGGUAAUUUGGCCUGAACCUGCUUCACUGCCGCCUCACCUCUGAAUCGAUAACCUACACCCCUGCCUUUGAAAUCUUCCUUGAUAGUUUUACAUAAAAAUCUUGGGGACAAGCUGCCUCCGAUAAGUGUGCCUUCACAUUCUCCUUAUGUCUCAGAGUCCAGCUAGUCUCGCAGUAACACAGAGCAGUGCACUUGCAUACUACCACUGAUUGAGCUGAACAGGACUCGAUUAUUCUGCCUACAGUCCUGCAGAGUUUGCUUGUAAUAAAGAUAGGACAUUACUGCAGUAUGUGCGUGAGAUGAGACAUUGUUUUAUUUGACCUCAGGGCUUUUUUCUAAUGUUUUUGCCUAGUGUCAAAGAUCUGUUUCUGAGUUUGCCUCUGGUAAAUUAUCAUUUAAGAAAACUAUAUCAAUUUUAUUUUUACGGAAUUGUAACCUAUAUUUAUGUCUUUUGUAAACAUAUACAGUUAUGGAAUUUGUGAACCACGGUACGAUGCUUAAUACAACAUUUCAUCAACACAAAUAAGUAAUUGUUAUACUACAGUAAUGGGAACUAUUUUUGGAGAGCUUUGAAUGGUUCUGAGGAAACUUUCACCCUCUGGCCUUGAAUGUUUUGGGGUGAUGGUGUCCGUGCGGUUAAGUGCAGACAGUGAUGUGGACCCCGCAGCCCUCUUACCAAAGGCCCAGGUUCACUUGAGACUUUUUACACAGCCACAACAGCAUGGACCUAACAGCAGCCACAGACACAAGACAACUGUGGGGAAACAUGGAGAAGAAAAUGCAGGGUUGUGUUUGUGAAGAACUUGCUACUUUGUUUUACAAGAGAGUAUGCAAUGUGAGUCAAUGGUGUUUUUAAUGUUACUUUCUGUGUUCUUGCAAUUGAGUUAUGGCCUUUUACAUGCUGUCAGUUCAGCGGUUCCAUUAAAACAAAGGUAUUACUAUAA